CCGGGACCGCGCCGCAGCCAUGGACCUCCCCGCCGGCCACCGCAAGAAGGUCAAGCUGGCCGACCCCCUGCACGGAUGGGGGAUGCAGAGAGCCACCAAUGUCACCUAUCAAGCCCAUCAUGUCAGCAGGAACAAACGUGGUCAAGUGGUUGGCACCAGAGGUGGAUUUCGCGGAUGCACAGUUUGGUUAACAGGUCUCUCUGGGGCCGGGAAGACCACUGUGAGCAUGGCACUGGAGGAAUACCUGGUGUGCCACGCCAUCCCGUGCUACACGCUGGACGGCGACAACAUCCGCCAGGGCCUCAAUAAGAACCUCGGCUUCACGCCCGAAGACCGGGAGGAAAACGUCCGCCGCAUCGCCGAAGUGGCCAAGCUGUUUGCCGAUGCCGGCCUGGUGUGCAUCACGAGCUUCAUCUCUCCUUAUACCCAGGACCGUAAUAACGCCAGACAAAUCCACGAAAGUUCAAAUUUGCCAUUUUUUGAAGUGUUCGUUGAUGCUCCUUUGCAUGUUUGUGAACAGAGGGAUGUCAAAGGACUGUACAAAAAAGCUCGAGCUGGGGAAAUUAAAGGUUUCACUGGGAUCGACUCCGAGUACGAAAAGCCCGAAGCCCCUGAAUUAGUGCUGAAGACGGACUCCUGCGAUGUGAAUGAUUGUAUCCAACAAGUUGUGGAGCUUCUGCAAGAAAAGGACAUUGUGCCUGUGGAUGCCUCCUAUGAAGUGAAGGAGCUGUACGUACCGGAAAACAAACUUCAGCUGGCUAAAACGGAUGCGGAAACCUUACCAGCCCUGGAAAUUAACAAGGUGGAUAUGCAGUGGGUACAGGUUUUGGCAGAAGGUUGGGCAACUCCACUGAAUGGCUUUAUGAGAGAGAGGGAAUACUUGCAAUGCCUGCAUUUUGAUUGCCUUCUGGACGGGGGAGUGAUUAACUUGUCGGUGCCUAUCGUCCUGACGGCUUCCCAGGAAGACAAAGAAAGACUGGACGGCUGGACGGCAUUUGCCCUGAUGUUCGAGGGGCGGCGAGUGGCUAUUCUCCGCAACCUAGAGUUCUUCGAACACCGGAAAGAGGAACGCUGUGCCAGGCAGUGGGGGACGACGUGCCCGGAGCACCCCUACGUCAAGAUGGUUAUGGAGCAAGGAGACUGGCUGAUUGGUGGUGAUCUGCAAGUCCUCGACCGUAUAUAUUGGAACGAUGGUCUCGAUCAGUAUCGCCUCACUCCCGCCGAGCUGAAGCAGAAGUUUAAAGACAUGAAUGCUGAUGCGGUCUUUGCCUUCCAGUUGCGGAAUCCGGUGCACAACGGGCAUGCUCUGCUAAUGCAGGACACCCAUCAGCAGCUGCUGGAGCGGGGCUACCGGCGCCCCGUUCUCCUCCUACACCCCCUGGGCGGCUGGACCAAAGACGAUGACGUCCCGUUGCCGUGGCGAAUGAAGCAGCAUAAUGCCGUGCUGGAGGAGGGCGUCUUGAAUCCAGAGACCACCGUGGUGGCCAUCUUCCCGUCUCCCAUGAUGUACGCUGGACCCACUGAGGUCCAGUGGCACUGCAGAUCUCGAAUGGUGGCCGGAGCGAACUUCUACAUCGUGGGCCGGGACCCCGCCGGCAUGCCUCACCCGCGGACAGGAAAGGAUCUCUACGAACCCACUCACGGGGCCAAAGUGCUCACGAUGGCUCCGGGCCUGUUAACCCUGGAAAUCGUUCCCUUCCGGGUCGCAGCUUACAAUAAGAAAAAGAAAUGCAUGGACUAUUACGACGCCGAACACCACGAAGACUUUGAAUUCAUCUCAGGGACCCGCAUGCGUAAACUGGCCCGGGAUGGGCAGAAGCCCCCCGAUGGCUUCAUGGCUCCGAAGGCCUGGACUGUGCUGACAGAAUACUACAAAUCCCUGGAGAAGCCUUAGGCCGGCGUUCCCAGCUGCCUGAUGCAUGAUUUAUUUCCAGAAAGGGGACCACCCAGUCAUUGCCACUCAGGAUGUUUGGGACACACAUAUAUAUAUAUGUGUAUAUAUAUAUAUGUAUGUGUGUGUGUGUGUGUGUGUGUGUGUGUGUGUGUAAUGUGUGUGGGUGUACGGGUGUGGCACGGACCACUUCCUCGGAAACAGACCUUCCUUCCUAACUCGCCAUCAUUCUCGCCCUGCCUUGUGGGUUUUAGCGUGGACUGGCAUCUAGUAAACUGCUGGUUUUAAUGUCUCUUCUCCUGUUUAUUACGGUUAAUACUCCUUCGCUAGCAUUUUAAUAUCUUGCCUUUUUAUAUCGUAUUUAUGCCUCUGUCCCAUUGAUUCUUUUUUCACCGCUGUUGCGUUGAUCGUAUCUACUAAAAUCCAAGCUAAGUUUCUAUUUCUGUCCUCUAACAGCAACGCUAUUUGUAGCAUAUGGGCAGUUUUGCUUUCAUAAGUCAGUGGCUGGACCCCUGUGGCAGUUGAGAUUUUAUGUCACUGUUACUAUAAUGCAACAUUUUAUGUACUGUCCCGUAUUGGGCUCAUAGAGCUUGCUGUUGUCAUAUGGAAUCCCAGAAUGAACUUCCUCUAUGCAACGUAAUUAAAUGUUCUAGCUUCGUA